AUGACAGGAGUUUCGGACUAUUCUCUCAACUCAAAUCUCUCCUCCGCAGGUGUGACAACUCCUACAGUACCCACGAUUUCAACAGAGACAGGGGAUUUAUUGCGUGGAAUGCUCGUCGACGAAGACCCAGGUGUUCCUCCGAUGCAGACACUAAUGCCUACGACACCUCACGAAAAUUUGACCCCGUCCCCUCAGCGAGUUACUCGAACAAAUGAAAAGGCGUUGAAAGCUGCAUUUCCGGGGGGUGAAGGACUCGAUUCAGCCCCCAACCGGACUAGGAAAAGAAAGCAAGACAACGGCUAUGAAGGGGCUAGCGAGACAAAAUUUAGGCACAUCACUGCCUCAGUGGAUGAUAUCUUCCUCUCAUGCAAAAUUAAACAUCAAUUAGAAGGUUACCCUAUCCAUCAGGAUUAUCCAACGGAGGGGAAUCUGGGUAACGUUCAUCGACAUAAGCACGGCUACUGUGCUUGCUUAAACCCAUAUCCCCUUGGGAAUAUAGCAUAUUAUUUAAUGUGUGACGUUUAA